AGGAGCUCGAGGCUGAGGGAGGCCGGCUAGCGGGGAGCGACUGGGGACGCUGGGCCGCGGGCGCUUCAGCGAUGUUUUACUCAGGGCUCCUCAGCGAGGGCGGCCGCAAGGAGACGGACAUGCGGGAAGCGGCGUCGCUGCGACAGCAGCGCCGGAUGAAACAGGCCGUGCAGUUCAUUCAUAAGGACUCCGCCGACCUGCUGCCCUUGGACGGCCUCAAGAAGCUGGGCUCGUCCAAGGACACGCAACCUCAUAACAUUCUGCAGAGGCGCCUCAUGGAAACCAAUCUGUCUAAACUUCGAAGUAGUCGUGUCCCUUGGGCCUCCAAGACCAACAAACUGAAUCAGGCUAAGUCUGAGGGACUAAAGAAGUCUGACGAUGAUGACAUGAUUUUGGUUUCUUGCCAGUGUGCUGGAAAGGAUGUGAAAGCCUUGGUUGACACAGGCUGUCAAUAUAAUCUCAUCUCUUCAGCCUGUGUGGAUAGACUGGGACUCAAGGAGCAUGUCAGAUCUCACAAGCAUGAAGGAGAGAAGCUUUCUCUACCCCGGCAUCUGAAAGUAGUGGGCCAUAUUGAGCACCUGGUGAUCACACUGGGCUCCCUCCGCCUGGACUGUCCAGCAGCUGUGGUUGAGGACAAUGAGAAAAACUUGUCCCUUGGUCUCCAGACUCUCCGAUCCCUUAAGUGCAUAAUAAAUUUGGAUAAGCACCGGCUGAUCAUGGGGAAGACAGACAAGGAAGAAAUCCCUUUUGUGGAGACAGUUUCCUUGAAUGAAGACAACACUUCAGAAGCAUAACUACAGACUGCAGCAUGUCUGCACGUAUGCACACAUACCAGGUUGACAGAUUGAGAAAACUGGGUUUGAACAAAUGCAGUAGCAACUUGCUGUGGACCAAGUCCUUCCCUCUAAUAGAAGCUCCAGGGGCUCCUUCCCACCCAGUCCUCUUAGUCCAUGCUUAGAGAUCUUAUCUGGUUAUAGCCAUUGUUUUUUACUCCUCUGAUCACUUAAUUUAUAGACCUUUUAUAAAGACUGCCAGGUCUCACUUGUGGCCUACUUCUCUGCUUUCAGGAAUUUGCUUUUAUUAGUCCAGUAUAGGGGCUGCCAGGUUCUGUUUCUCCAUAGAUACACUUGCUUCUUUUCCUAUAGCUAAAAUAUAUGAUAAACAGGAACCUGACCUUUACCUCCUUUCAGUUGUUCCAAAGAGGUGCAAUAUACCUAUGUCUCAGAAUUAGAAUUUCUUCUAAUUCAUUCAUUGAUUUCUCAAAAAUAACUUUAUCUGAAAGAACCCAGAGAGAUCAUCUAGUCCAACUUUUUCAUUUAUAGGUCCAGAGAGGCAAAUUAAUUGUCUAAGCUGUUAUACUAAGUCAGUGGCAGAGGAACCUAGAACUCAGACUUGACAAGCCAAGGCUAUGUUCAUUUUCCCAUGCUGCCUCUUUCGUCUUCAGGCCUUGAGAGGAGGAUGAAGAGGUAAGGACUUUAAAAAGGCAAGGUAGGGGAAAAAUCUGCUUUGGGGUUGGAUGCCAGGAGGAUCUGGGUAGCCCUUUCUCCUGUGUGCUAAGUCCACUAAAAGUCUCU